AUGGACAGGUCGCUUGCGACUUUACUGAGGUCCCUGCAGACAUCGGAUCAUCCAGAUGAUGCCGCACGAUUACUACCAGUGGCUACCGGCCUUCUGUCGCGCCUUUCGAAUCCUCUCAAUAUCACGCUGUUGACAUCACAGCUACUGUCGAAUGACGUGCUCUAUCCGAUCCCAACAGAGGUCGCCCGGUGUCGGCAGAUUUUCAGCGUCUUUUAUACUGCGGUGCUGCGCUUGAUUGAAGAUAAACAUAGCCUGGCUCAAGAACAUACGCGGAGCAAUCUCACAGUUACGGAAUGGACGACGGCUGUUGUCCACGGGGCAAAUGACAAGUCCCCUCGAUGGAGGCAUACAUUAUUGCUCGGGGCUCUGCUCCUGGCUUUCCAAUCAAAAGACUUCGAAGGACUGGCUUCAGGCUUGAAAAAUAAACUCGAAGUUGCGCUGGUGGUCGCGUCAAAUCUGGCCCUGCAAGACAAAGAUGCUGAGCCUAAUUGUGAGCUGGCUGUGGUCUUUGUCUUGAACAAUACUUUCCCUCUCCUCUCAGACGUCCACCGGCAACAGAUCAGUUAUGAUGUGCUUCUGCCAAUACUGGUCGACGCGACGUUCUUCUCUCGGGAGGGUCUUGAGCAUGGCUACUGGCUUGGGGUAAUCGACUACGAUGUCCGACCGUCUCCUGAGCAGAAAUUCAACUGGAACGCCAAUUCCACGUCUUUCCGCAAAGUCACCGAGAUCAGAUCGAGAAACCUCGUAUCUGGACUAGGCGCUUUAUCGCGCUUUAUCGCCCACAGUAUCGAGAACGUCCACGACCAAUCCCUCAUCAUCUACUGCGUAAACAGACUGGCUGAGUUUUCACGCACUUUUGCCACUGCGUGGAGACAGAACAAGCUGUCCGAAGUUGACACCAAGGAAGAAUCGCAAUGCUUGGACCAGGAGACUAUCAACAAAACCUUCCCGGUUCUGCUGCAGGUGCUGAGAGACACAAUGUUCUCCGUGGUCAUCAGUCUCCGAUCUGUGCUCGGAAGAGUGCUCUGUGACAGGGUUCUAGCAUCUGAUUCGAAUUGCCCGGGCAUAGCCAUGCAAUCUUUACACAUUUUGCGUGACACAUACUUCAUAGCACAUCGGUUCGGCCUCACCUCGUCCUCACAGUACGUCUUCGUCAACUUCACAGCCAUCGAUAUCCUGAGUCAAUACCCACUGCAAUCGGAGAAUUUCCUGGACUCAAUCCGACCGGUUGAUCUAGGUCGGAUUCCUCCUCAUCCCCUCGACCGACUCCAGGAUCUCUUCUUCCUCAACACUGCCGAACAUUUCACCUUGAUACUGUCACCACAAACUAACAAGGACCUCCUCUUUAAUGCGGCUGCACCGUAUGUUGACCCACAGGGAGAUUCACGGUUAGCGGAGAUCUUUGAAGCUGCUCACAGUGUAGUGUUGGCCAUCCUUGCCGCACCCCAAAAUGCUGAGCUUGCGUUGACAAUGGUACCAUUUUAUGUCGAGACACUGCUCCAGAGCUUUCCAAAGCCACUUUCGCCACGUCAGUUCCGGUUAGCUAUCAGAUCCGUUGUCCGUCUUGCAGCACCGCCGUCUGCCGUUGCCGUCUCUAUGCCUCAUACACAGGCCGUUGUUCUUGAUUUGCUCAGAGAACGCAUGGAGCAUGCGUCAGAAGAUUUACUUCCUCCCAACCCAGAUCUUCCCAUCGAGAAUAGUCAACCUUUGUCUGAAAAGGCUGUUUUACUUCUUGCGAUAAUUGAUUGUUUGAGUUUUCUGCCGGUUCCAUUAUUGGAGGAACAUCUUCCUUUAGCUGCGGAGCUCCUGCACAAGAUCGGGAACCCAAGUCAAAGAAUACAAUGUCAGCGGCGACUUUGGGACACGCUCAGCAAUGGCGAGAUGGAUGUUGAGCGUGCUGCAACUUGCGUUACUUGGUGGACUUCUAGGGGAGGUCGAGAGCACGUCCUUUACGGAGAUCAGCCGGAAGACCAAGAUUUCAGCAUGAGUGGUGCAUUGCAGUUCGACAAUAAACUGUAA